AUGUCUGAAGAGGAUGAGCCAUCUGUGAAUCAAAACUAUGCGCAUAACGUACCAUCCAUGACCCCCUUACAGUCACAGAUACCAGUCACCGAAUUUGUAUCUGCAUUGGCCCCAGAAGAAGAGGAGGAAGCAGAAGACGAGUUGGGAUGGCUUCGGCGCUUGCCAUGGUGGCACAGGCCACGUCCUCUUUGGCUCUUUCCUGUGGUCUUUUUAUUCGCCUUAGCAGCGGGUAUCAUGCUCGCUGCACGUAUUGAAUUGCUGCUCUCUUUGACUUGUGAUAUGCAACACAUCGACGACCCACCCUCAAUUCCACCGCAGCCUCUAUCUCCCAACACUCCCUCGAUACAUGCCAGGAGCGUACAUAUUCCAUCUACUCAUUGCAGACAAUCUGUUGAGGCCCAAAGUCUACUUUCGAUUGUCCAACUUCAACUGCUUAUGAUCGUCGGCAUGUGCUCAAUGUUAACAACAGGAUUCUGGUCGCAAUUGUCCGAUCGCACGGGCCGCAAGCCCAUCUUAUUUGCAGCUUUGGGUGGCGGUCUUAUCAAUGAUGCUGUGGCCCUUGCUGUCUCCUCUGUACCAAUGUCACGAAUCCCCACGGGCUGGUGGAUCCUAGUUUGGGGCAGUGUGAUCGAAGGCGUACUGGGUUCAACAGGAUUGGUAACAGCGAUGGCUCAGUCUUACAUGACUGAUGUGACCGCCAGCGGUACACGAUCGCAUGAAUUUGCACUCCUUACAGGCACAAUCUUUCUCGGCGUGGCAUUUGGUCCUACGAUUGGCGGCCUUAUCACCAAAUAUACCGAAAGCCUUAGUACAACCAUUCUGGUCGCAGUCGCAGUUCGUCUCUUUAUUUUCGUCAUAACACCUGGAUUGCCUGAUAGCCUACGACCAGAUGUCCGAAUUCGUGCUGUUGCUGAUCAUCGUACUAGACUUCACGAGAUUUAUGAACAUCAAAGCAAGGCAAUGCGUACCUGGGUUACCGUCAAGCAUGUGCUCAUGACGCCAUUUCACAAUCUUGCCUUUUUAUUGCCUCAAGGACGUUCAGAUCAUUAUGAAAGGCUAAGAGGCGACGAAAGUGGCGACUUUCAAGUCCAUUCGCGGCACGAACCCCGGAAUACUAGCUUGUUGUUUUUGUCUGCGGCUUAUGCCGUCGAAGUAACUUGCAUGGCUGUGGUGCCCAUCAAGAUACAAUAUGUGCAACUUGUUUUUGGUUGGAGCUCUAGUGCCGUGGGCUUGUUUGUGAGUUUUUCUGCCAUGACACGCAUGCUCACCUUGACCGUGCUUUUGCCUUUAAUUGUCCGGUAUUUGCAUCACAUGCCAAAAUCCAUCGUUCUGCCGCAAGAUAAUCCUUUGGUACCUGAUGAUGCAGGCAUACACGCUUUGGAUGAAAACGGACGCAGUAAGAGGCAUUCGCGUACUAUCCCCCAUCAAUGGUCCACGACUGAACAUGAACUCGAGAGAGAAUGGCAGACACGCUCAAAGAAGCUCAAAAUGAUACAUGACAGUCAUAUGGAUAAGUACAUCGCCGUUGUAUCCUCACUCACUACGGUGGCUGCGUCAGUGAUUAUGGCGCGAGCCAAGACACCUGCUUGGUUUUUGAUAGGCACAUUUGCCGUUUCGCUUGGUGCGGGCGUUGGUUCCGCUCUGAGCUCGCUUGGUAUGGCUGUCAUUUCACGCCCAAAUAGCGCUGGUCGUCUAUUUGGUGCAUGGGCGGUUUUAAGCACAUUAUCGGGCACAAUUGUGGGUCCCAUGUUGUUCUCUCUCGUUUUUAGCCACAGUGCUGCUUACGCUCCCUCUUUGUCGUUUUACUUGGUCGCAUUGCUUCAAAUAUCUUCUGUAUUUUUACUAUGCUUUGUGCGUCUGGGCUCUACGGAUACACUAGAAGGAUUACCACCCAGGCCAUUUCCCCCGCGUAGAUCCACGUAG